AUGUCGAAGACAGAACGCGAAGAUGCUAUAUCAACCAUUACGUCCAAGAUCUUCUCAGCCAUGUUGGAUGACCUGGCAAUGGAUGCGGCACUACAGGCGCAUCACCAGCUUCUGCGCAGUAGAGCGGUUUGUCGCACAUGUCACACACGGUACGUCAUCAUUCAUCCAAAUGAGGCCCAUACUGUAACACCACAAUCGCAGUCUAACCUCCAUGGCGAUGUCGGAGGAAAGACGGCCUCAAGCACUGGAACCAACACUCCUAACGGAAGUAAAUCCGACGGCAACAUUCUCUUUGAAUGCAUGGUCUGCAAGCGCCAAGUCGCUUCCAAUAGAUUUGCUCCACACCUGAGUGCUUGUAUGGGGACAGGGACCGGAAGCAGGCGUGCGGCUCCCCGUGGGACAAAUCUUAAGGCAAAGAUUCCCAUCGAACCUGGCCGGUCAGCGUCUCCAUACCCAGGUUCAGAAAAUGGCAAUGUUUCAGAUGAUAACUCGAACGGCAAGGGCAGGGCAAAGGGCAAAGGAAAGCGGGCAGAUGACUCAGACUUCAAUCUGAAGCGAAAACGACCCAUAUCACCUCAGACAUCACCAACGAAAAAGCCCACGAAGAAACUUAAACAGCGGGUAAAGCUGAUUUUGACAGGGUCACCGGUGUCUCGCCUCAAAGCGGACCCUGACAGCAGCGGCACGAUUGCAAGCAACACUCUUCAAGUGCCCUUAUCGUCUUCCCAAUCCAAAGUCCCUUCGAAACUUCGUUCCUCAUCUACUGCCUCUUUCCUUGAGCGUGAUCGCUCUUCUACCCCAGGUUCUCAAUCAUCUGUCGGCACGCCCAUUGCAUCAACGUCGUCCGCGAUAUCAGCGAGAAGUGUUGCAGGGACAGGUCCGCCAAAACGCGGGCGUCCUAAGGGCAGUAAGACAGGCACAGGUAGGGGUGCGUUGGCUGCCCAGCAGAAGCGCCCGAGUCCCCCAAGACCACUACUUCCACCGCCCCCGCCACCACCGCCUGCUGUGAGAAUUGAACAAGACUAUCUUGUCGACGUCGAAGGAGACGAGACCGGGUCGUCGACCGAUACAGACGGCUGAACGCCUUUUCUGCUUUUGCCAUAUUGCUGCAUGUGCGAGCACUUCCUAUCUAUUACUGCGCACACAUGAAUCAGUCCAGUCAUGCUGUGUACCAUGUUUAUGAAAGCAAGGUUAUGAUACCCUAAUCUGUAAUAUUCUCCACUGACAGUGUUGUUGUUAGUUACACAUAUUAUACGAGAUGUGAAAUUGAGCGCUGAAUUUGUUGGACGCCUGUACUUCUUGGUAACCUUGAGGCACGGUUAAAGGUCUAGCUAAACCUUGUAUGAUGUGGUCACAAGUCGAAAGCGUAACCCUAAACCUAGUCCAAAUUAGGUUUGGACAGGAACACCCAUGACGGUCAACUUGAAGUUACAG